AUGCUCAGUGGUCGCAAAGCGAACUGGAAGCUGUACGAGACUGUCUUGGACAGGGAAAGAAAGGCUCUUAAACUCUCUGAAACAGCGGGUGCAAUCAACAUUCUAGAUUAUCAGUCCGGUCAUGCAAUGGUCGCCUCUAAGGCGGCGAUCCUGAAGCUGGCUGAACGCCAAGAGCAGUCUGCUGGAAAUGCCCCCGAGCGGCUCGAGAAGAUGUUCACCGUCGUGUUACGAGGCGGAUUCUGUGACUGCGAGGAUCCAAGUGGGCUUCUGUGCAAACACAUCCGGGCUGCGGCAAGGAUGCUAGGUGGCCUUGAAAAGUGGAACCUCAAUCUAGAUAACUUAAGGGAAGAAGUACUGAUGGAAGUUAAGUCCGCUGAGAUGGAGCAGCAAGAAACGUAUGCCUCUAGCCAGGCCCCAGGAGCGUUUACGGUGGGGGUGGAUUCCGACGUAGAGGACGGGUAUGAGAAGGGAGUAAAAGAGCAUGGCGAAAUUGCGUCGUUGAGACGCGAGUUUCAUGGAGUGUUGGAUAAGAUUGGCAGGGUAGAACCUUGGACAAAUGCCAAGGGACUUCUGAAAGAGGUACUGAUUCGAGUGAACGCUGACCUGAGACAAGAGGAGCGCACCAUUAAAGCAAAGUCCUUCACCCAGUUCCGGAAGAAAAAGAAGGGGGGAAAGCGGAAGAGAGCGGCCGAGGACGAGAUGGAAACGAAAGAUCAAGCGAAUGCCAAUACGGCACGGCAGGGUUCGAGCGUCUGGGCGGGCUUGAAUGUUGGUGCGCGUCCUAAAAGGGCGAAGCAAGCGAACCAUCCGAGACAGGCCGAAGACGAAGAGAAAAUCUCAAAAAUUGCUGCCAACCUGGUUGCAUGGCAGAAAGCGGCAGCCGAAGACGCCGCACCAGCGCUGCCGAUUCGUACACGACAGGAAGCUGUAACCAGAUACAAACUACGAAAAACUAAGCGACCAUAG